AUGAUUGAUGACUAUGCGGCGCGAUUGAAAAGCUUGGCCAAGUUGUGCAAAUUCGGUGUGCUGGAGGAUGACUUGAUUACCUAUAAGACUGUUACCUCUAACAAGUGGCCCAAACUGCGUGCUAAAAUGUUGACGAUGCAAAACCUAACGGAAGUGAAAGUUAUUGACUUGUGCCGAGCGGAAGAAAUCGCUGAAAAACAUGCUGGUGCGAUGGGUGCCAGUAGUGUUGACGUGAAUCUCGUACGGAAGCAGAAGAAUAUGAAGUGCAAGUACUGUGGAGAUCGGCACGAAUUCGCGAAAGGAGUAUGCCCAGCAUUGGGCAAGAAGUGUAACGUGUGUGGUGGUAAAAACCAUUUCGGAAAAGUUUGCAAAUCGGAUCGCAAGCAAAAAGGCAGAAGCGAAGGUAGAAGCCGAAGAAGAGUGAAGAAAGUGCAAGAAGACUAUAGCGACAUUGAAGAAAGCGGCAGUGCGACCAGUGAUAAUGAAGAAUUGGAAAGCAGUAGUGAUGAGGCUGUUAUCGGCAAGGUGUAUGAUUUUUCGGAGUCGGGAGGAAACGUGAUGGCUGAUUUGGAGCUAUUUGUUGGUGGAAAAUGGCAGAUGGUGCAAUGUGAGCUGGACACGGGCGCUAACACUAGUCUGGUUGGUUAUAACAGGAUUAAGCAAGCAACCGGUUGUGAUCGUUUGGAGCUGCUUCCUUCGAAAUAUCGUUUGCAGAGUUUCGGAGGCGGCACCAUACCUGUCCUUGGUGAGAUAAGGUUGCCAUGUAAGAGAACAGACCGUAAGUACACACUCGUAUUACAAGUCGUGGAGGUUAGCCAUAAACCGCACCUAUCUGCAAAAGUUUGCAAAACUCUUGGCUUCAUCAAGUUUUGCAACUCGGUUUCGAUUGCUUCAUCACCAUCGGAAGAACAGCUGCUAAAUAUUUACCGUAUCAAGGCUCAGCAAAUUAUCAAUCAACAUAGCGGUAUAUUUGAGGGCUACGGUAGAUUUCCUGGUGUGGUCUCGCUGGAACUGGAUCCUAAAGUAUCUCCAUCAAUUCAGCAGCCACGUCGUGUACCAAUUGCGAUGCGAGACAAGCUGAAGAAGGAGUUGAAGAAGUUGGAGAAGGACGGACUAAUUGUGAAAGAGCAGCAGCAUACGGAAUGGGUUAGCAAUAUAGUUCUCGUGAAGCGAGGUGGUAAGGAUUCAGACUCAAUCAGGAUCUGUUUGGAUCCAAUACCCCUAAACAAGGCGCUGAAACGGCCAAAUCUGCAGUUUACAACGAUCGAUGAGAUAUUACCAGAGCUGGGAAAAGCCAAAGUGUUCUCUACAGUUGAUGCCAAAAAGGGCUUUUGGCAUGUGGUUCUGGAUCAACCAAGCAGUCGACUAACAACGUUUUGGACUCCCUUCGGAAGAUAUCGCUGGAUUCGUUUGCCCUUCGGCAUUGCUCCUGCACCGGAAAUCUUCCAGAUGAAGCUUCAAGAGGUGAUUCAGGACCUGGAAGGAGUUGAAUGCAUUGCGGAUGAUGUGUUGAUCUACGGAGUUGGAGAUACCCUGCAAAAUGCUCUUUUGAACCACAAUAGAUGUCUUGCAAAACUGCUAACUCGCCUUGAAGAAAAUAAUGUGAAGUUGAAUAAAACUAAGCUGAAGUUGUGCUUGACUUCGGUAAAGUUUUAUGGGCAUGUACUGACGACCCGAGGAUUGCAGCCCGACGAAAGCAAGAUCGAAACCAUCAAGAACUAUCCUAAGCCGGAAGAUCGGAAACAACUACAACGGUUCAUAGGGAUGGUUAACUACCUGAGUCGCUUUAUUCCAAACUUAAGCUCCAAUAUUGCGGUUUUGAGACGGUUGAUUGCAGUCAAGGAACCUUGGAUCUGGGAAGAGAAAGAAGAAGAGGAGUUCAACCGUGUCAAGUCUUUGGUUGCUGACACUCGAUCUUUGCAGUACUAUGACGUCAACCAACCCUUGAGAAUCGAAUGUGAUGCAAGCUCCUUUGGUUUAGGCACUGCUGUGUUCCAGUCUAAUGGAGUGAUCGGCUACGCAUCUCGCCGUGAGAGGCUACAGAGAAGAAUUAUGCACAAAUAG